AUGGAGGGCGAUGGGUCGCAGCCCACCCAAGCUACCCAAAACGUCCUCGAUCCGCGCCGUGUAGGCAAGCAAAACUCUGGCUUCUCUGACGAAGAUAUAUCCGACAUCAUCUGCAUCCUCUACCCCCACUCCGAAUUCGCCCGUCGCGAAGUCCACCGAAUAGCCCGCGAACACUCGCAACAUGUCGUCGGUAGGGAAGAGGCAGACGCCGUGGAGCCAGACUAUGAGCAGGAGGACAGGGCCGACCAGUUCCAGCUGACGCCGCCCAACAUCGAGCACGCCAUCAUACUACGCCUGUCUGCUAAGACCAAGGACCCGCUCCAUGGCUUCAUGUUCGGCCGUAACGUCUCGCGGUGCGACAUUUGCUUCGCCAACGACCCCAUGAAGCGCCUCAGCAACAUUCACUUCCGUAUCUAUGUCAAUGAGUAUGGCGUCGUAAUGCUGGAGGAUCAGUCGACCAACGGUACCUUUGUCGAAGGGACCCUGUUGCGCGCAAAGCCCAAGAACGCAAACGACAAGUGCGACACGAAGAGGGUGCUCAGUCAUGGCUCCAAGGUCAAAGUCUUGAUGCACAAUGAGCAGCACGACUUGGAAUUCUUGGUUCGUAUACCAAAGCGCGUGGGCGAAUACGAAAUGGCAUACACAGGAAAGCUACAGCAGUACUUUGCCAAGCUCGAGACUCUGCGUGUGAACCACAACGAGACGGUGGUGCCGGGUCCGGGUGGUCAUGUCGAUUUGUUUGCUGCCCCUAGGAGACCGCCAACCGCCACCACGCGGCGAAUAGCGCUACCAUCCGGGACCACACAGGAUAACGUCGACCGGUUCCCGAGGGACUGGGAUGGUUCUGGGAAGUACAACCGUGUCGGCCAGAUUGGCAAGGGCGCCUUUGCGGUUGUUUACAAGGUCACGUCUAAGUUUGACGGGGUCCCGUACGCCGCCAAGGAGCUGGAGAAGCGGCGGUUCAUCAAGAACGGUAUCCUAGAUCAAAAGGUGGAAAACGAGAUGAGGAUCAUGCAAAGGGUUCAACAUCCCAACAUCGUCCGAUAUAUUGAGCAUUUCGACUGGGACAAUCGGCUCUUCAUCAUCAUCAUGGAGUUUGUCGGCGGCGGCGAUCUCGGCAAGCUUAUCAAUAGCCGUGGACCCUUGCAAGAGGUGUCGGUCAAGCAAAUGGCGGCUCAGUUGCUGAGUGCCUUGGCUCAUCUGCACGAAAACCACAUAACGCAUCGAGACGUCAAACCUGACAAUAUCCUUAUCUCCUCACUCAAUCCUUUUGAUGUCAAGUUGACGGACUUCGGCCUCUCCAAAAUGGUCGACAACGAGCAGACGUUCCUCAGAACGUUUUGCGGCACCUUACUGUACUGCGCCCCAGAAGUGUACUCCGAGUACGCCGAAUACGAUGAUAACGGCUAUCGAAACCCGCGGAAUAGGGCAAAGCGGGCAGCAGUUGGACAAAGAUAUGACCACGCCGUUGAUGUCUGGUCUCUCGGCGGUGUGCUUUUCUACGCGCUCACCGGUAAUCCGCCAUACCCCGUUAAGAAUGGUGUCAGCUAUUCUGAGUUACUCCACACCAUCAUGACGAAACCUCUUGAUACGCUCCCGCUGGAGCAACAGGGGAUCUCGCCGCAGGGCAUCGACUUCCUUUGCGAUAUGCUGGAGAAACGGCCGGAAUGUCGCGCAACGGUUAGGGAACUUCAGGCGCAUCCCUGGCUAGGCGUUCACAGACUGAAGCCUUCGCAAAGCGUUGAUCAGUCAUUCGACGAGAUUACUGACGAAGACGAAGCGUUGCAAGUAAACGCAUCUCAGCUUAGUCUGGAGGAGGGACAGUCGCGGCAUCUCGCCGACACGGAGCUACCGUUCGAUGAAAGUGCGGAUGACAUCGUCAACGACUUCAUCGAGGAAGAUUCAGAAAUAGAGAAUGGCACUUUCGGGCCGUCCGGGCAUAGUGUUGCUGGUCCAAGGCUCUUUGGAGAGGUCAACAUCUCUGCUGUGGGCAGCAGGGGCGCAAUCGCGGCAGAACGGCUCAACCUCCCCGUGGCCGAUUCGGGCGUUUUAGGCCAUGAAAGCACUGGGAUAGAGAUUGGGGACAGCUACGAGUCGGAAGACGCUUCAACAAUCAUCGGUAGAAAGUCAGGGAGCAGCGGCGGUGCUCGACUUUCCGUCUCAGCCGUUAACGGCCAGUCAGCGGAUCAGCUGCGUAGUCUGGUCGAAAAUGUCGCUUCUCAAAGUCUGGGUGCAACCGAUUUCGGCAGCGAUCUGCAGAUGAAGUCCGCGGCCACAUCCCAAGUCAACGGGACGUUCUACAACGCUAGUAAACGGAAACCAGCAUCGGUCGAUACGAGCGAUGAGUUCGAGCCGCGGCCGAGGGAGAAGCCCAUUUUCAAACGCCUCAAGUCAGAGGGCAACCUCGAUGCUUUGGCAGAAGAGGAAAUGGAGGAGUACAAGCUCGUUGCCUCUGUUCCACAGAUCAAAAGGCUGGAAUCAGGACGCCAAAUCGAUGGGCCCUUCAACAAGAUGCACUUCUGGGGGAAGGACCUCAGCACAUGGCACCUCCGCUACCCCGAGAUGACACAGCUACAGUACGAGAUGUUCAAAAAGGCAGCACGAAGCCGGGGAGAGGAGUUUGGCCCAGCAAAAUCCCCACUGUGGGAGCUAGCUUUCAAGUACUUUCCACCGAACAACGGCGUGCCCGCCAUGCACACCGAGAGCCAACCAACCGCCGAUGAGACAAACCGGGCGCUGCUGAAGCGAGAUGACAGGAAAGUGCUGGAGGGCACGGAGUGGGACAUUCCCUCCACGGCUCCCCUGCCCGAAGAAGAUUCGCUUCCCGACACUCUACCGCCAGAACCCCAAAAGAUUGUUGUGCCCAUUUCCGAUGACGGGCCGAAACGGGCUAUUGCCGUACUUGAGUCAGCCCCUGAUUCCGUGGUCUCUGGGAUCUGCGUUCCCGUGAGGAUCUCGCUGAUGUCGUGGGGCCGAGGACCAUCCAACACAGCAAUUUACGAGCCCAAGACAGAGAUCAAAAUACCCAAAUAUGCUCUGAAGAUCCUGCUGUGGAAGGACGGCUACGAUCCCUCCAAGGAUCUGAACAAGCAUCCAUGGGACAAGUAUCCGGACGGCGCAGGAUUCGCCUUUUACCUAUCGACAAAAGCAACGAAUGGAAUCUUGCUCAAUGGUGCCGAACUUCUUUCACAUGACUGCAAGAACCCCACAAGCCCAUCAAAGAACUGGGUCCAAGUGUACGACGGCGAUGAGGUCGUUGUAUGGGGCACCGCUACCGACACGACAAGCCAGACAAAGGUCGUUUUCCGCUGCUUUUACGGCGAUUCCGCAAAGCGCCGCCACCCAGAUGCCCCACCCAAGCUCGUCUCUUCAUCGGCGGCGCGCAAAAUGGACGAGAUUUGCGGCAGAUACGAGAGAAAGCUGAGGAUGGCGGCCGAACAGGAACGGAGGUACAGCGAAGUCGACAAGGAGUUGGCCGAGCGCAAGCAAAAUAUCGAAAGGGAGCGUGAGCGCAGCCGUGUCUUUGAGGAGAAGCGGCUCGAGGCGCUGAGGUUCGUAGCGCUGAGAACGGCGUCUAGGAGGGGGGGCUCGCCGGCUAGCGCGCCCGCGACUACCGUCCUCCGGGGCCAGACGCCGGGUCUGAAUGCCCCGUCGCCACUGCAGGAGGUUCGGUCUAGCAGCCCUCACAACUGA